AUGGAUGGUGGUACGGGUGGCAUGUACGCGCGUCAGCUGGAGCUGAGCAACGUCCUGAGUACUCAGAUUCGCAACGUCCAAGGCGAGUCGAAGCAAUUGGUCCACCACCUGGCCAAAGUGAAGCAGCAGGUGAAAGAUGCAACCUUGGAAAGUAUGAGUGGCAAUUGCACCAGGAUUGGACCAGUGCGGUUACAGAACCAUCGAACGCUACGGGGCCAUUUCAACAAGGUGCUAACUGUGAGUUGGCAUCCCGACAACAGGCAUUUGGCCACGGCAGCCCAGGACGGGUUUCUCCUGUUCUGGGACUCCACCUCGGGCCUGAAAAAGAACCUGAUAAGACUGGAUGACCCGUACAUCAUUUGCAGCGAUAUUUCACCAAACGGACACAUGGUGGCCACUGGAGGGCUGGAGAAUGCCUGCAUUAUUUACAAACUACACUCAUCACCAGAUUCCGAAACGUCUCCGAAAAACUCUAUAGUGUCCAUCUUCAAGGGUCACAGGGAAUACAUCAGCGAUCUGAGCUUUGUUGGUAACUCGCAAGUUCUCACCAGCUCGGGGGAUAAAUCUAUUGUGCUAUGGGACAUGGAGAAAGGUACCCGUUGCAACAGCUUUAAUGGCCAUCUUGGUGACGUUUUGGGAUUAUCAGUGAAUCCAAGAGACCCAAAUAUGUUUGUUUCGUGUUCUUCCGAUCGGUUCUCGAACCUGUGGGAUGUUCGAAGUCCACUCAACAGACGACAAUUUCAAACUUCGCAAACGCAUGACUCGUCGGCCGUUAAAUUCUUCCCCGACGGCUAUUCUUUUGCAUGCGGGACGGACGACGGAGAAGUGAAGCUUUUCGAUAUUCGAUCGGACUGCGAGCUCUCGAACUAUCCUGUGAGACAAGUUCAUCAGCACUUUCGCUCAUACAAGCCAGAAGAGCAGGUGGUGGAAGACUCUGCUUCGUCAAUGAAACUGAGCACGAAAUCAUCGAUGGUGGCAGCUUUGGAUAAUCCAGGAGUGCUCUCUAUCGACUUUUCAAAGUCGGGAAGAUUGCUAUUUGCAUCAUAUGCAGAAUAUUCGUCGGUGGUGGUCUGGGACUGCGUCAUGGGGACUAUCAUAGGAACGCUCGAUGGACACCGAGACUCUGUCAGUAAAAUCAAGAUAUCCCCAGACGGACUGGGAAUAGCCACUGCCUCACGAGACCAUACUACAAGAAUCUGGUCUGUAUAG